AUGGCGCCUUCGGCAACCCCUGAUGUCAAGCACGACGAUGGCCUGGCCUUGUCGGAGAAGACUACAACUGUUAUCGACAGAUGGAGAGAGAGCAUCCGUGGCGGCUUCGCCACAUUCCCCGUGGCUAUCGAAAGCGCCAAAGGUCAUAUAAUCACUGAUGUCGACGGAAAAGAAUAUAUCGAUUUUAUCUCGCAGUUUGCAGUGAUGAGCUUUGGCUAUUCGCAUCCCAAGAUUCUCCAAGCAACAGUUGACCAACUUCAGAAAAUGCCUUUGAGCGGCACCGCCUACAUCAGUCCACUAUACGUCCAGUUCGCGGAGCGAAUUAACAAGAAAUUCGGGUUCGAUCGCGUUGCCACUAUGAUGAGUGGUUCAGAAGCAAUUGACGCCGCUCUCAAGAUCGCUCGGAAGUGGGGAUACACCGUUAAAGGUAUUCCUGAAAACGAAGCCUGGAUUGUCACAUGUGAUCAGUGCUAUCACGGAUCGACUCUUGCAACUAUGCCUCUGGCUACUGUAGUUUCUAAGGAUUUCGGAAGACAUGUGCCCAACGUCGGGCCUUUUGGGCCAUCUAGCAGAAAGCUUAUUCCAUUUGGUGAUAUCGAGGCUCUCCGUGAGACGUUUGAAGAAGAUGGACACCGCAUCGCAGCAUUCAUGUUGGAGCCUAUCCAAGGCUGGGCAGGAACCAUCUUCCCACCAAAAGGAUAUUUGAAAGCUGUGUACGACUUGUGCAAGAAGCACAAUAUUUUGAUGGUUUGUGACGAAGUACAGUCCGGCUAUGGGCGAACUGGAAAAGACCUGUCCUAUCAGCACGAGAAAGGUGUCCAACCUGACAUCGUAGCUCUUGGAAAGGCCGUUACCGGAGGCUUUUAUCCGAUGUCUGUUAUCAUGGGUAAGAAGGAGGUGAUGGAUGUCGUUGGCAGAGGCGAAGUCCUCUCAACGUAUGGUGCAAGCCCCCCAGCAUGUGCAGCUGCCCUGGCGGCGCUGGAUGUUCUGGAAGAAGAGAAAAUAUCGGAACGAGCUGAGCGUCUGUCCGUGUUGUUAACAAAGACAAUUAAAACUCUUAACCCUCCCCAUCUCCUCGAGCACCGCGGAGGUGGCAUGUACCACACCCUUGUCAUUGAUGAAUCGAAGCCGGGAGUGACAGCAAGGCGAGCCGCCGCUCUCGCGACUCUGCGAGGUGUGUUGGUUGGCAAUGGAUUUAACAGGCUACGAUUUAGUCCUCCGAUUACCAUAUCUGAAGAAGACCUGAUUAAAGCAGUGGGGAUCAUAGUACAAGCGUUGAAGGACGUGGAAACCAUCGGCGACUUUCCUGGAAGCGAAUUCAUUAAUUAA